AUGUACGAACAAAAAAAUUUUGGAUUCUCGAGAAAGAACUAUCAUAGCUACGAUAAUAGAAACAUCAAUCCAGAUGAAAUCACUACAGUUUAUAAACAUCCCGAUGUUACUUACAUAUGCGAAUAUAUAAAAGACAAAUUCUAUUUUGCAACGUUACGCAACGGCCGGAAAGAUGUAAAAAGCACGUCCAAUAUUCAUUUUUUUACGAUCGACGACGAGCUAAUUUACAAUAACUUUUACAACGACUUUGGCCCCUUAAACAUCGCUUGUUUGUACAAAUAUUGUUGUAAGAUAAAUAAGAAACUUGAGAGCCCAGGUAACGAGCAUAGACAAAUCGUUCACUAUACUUCGCAACGGGACCACAAAAGAGCGAAUGCUGCGUAUUUGAUUGCCUCUUACGCGAUAUUGUACUUGAACAAAAAUCCAAAAGAAGCUUACAACAUUCUUUUCAUGGGAGGUGAAAUUCCUAUAAAAUCGUUCCGAGAUGCCUCCAUGGGAUCAGCCAUUUACAGUCUUCAUUUGUUAGAUUGCUUGCACGCGCUUAAAAAAGCAGCUUCUUUUGGUUUCUUUAAUUUUGAUGAUUUUGACGUGUUCGAAUAUGAAAAGUACGAAGACAUGAGAAACGGUGGUUUGAACUGGAUGGUACCACAAAAGUUCCUGGCUUUUGUUGGUCCAAGCACAGAACCAGACACCCCUUAUCAUCCGCCCGAGUGUUACAUUGAUUAUUUUUUAAAAAAUCAAGUCACAGCCGUGGUUAGAUUGAAUAAGAAAGUAUACGAUGCAUCAAGAUUCACUGAGGUAGGAAUCGCGCAUUACGAUAUGUUCAUGCCAGACGGCACGGUACCACCGAGGAGAAUACUGAAUGAAUUUUUGCAACUAAGCGAAAAUACCAGUGGGCCAAUAGCAAUUCAUUGCAAAGCUGGACUAGGAAGAACAGGUUCAUUGAUCGCUGCUUAUUUAAUAAAGCAUUAUAAAAUGACGGCUAGAGAAGCUAUUGCUUGGGUAAGGAUUUGCAGGCCUGGUUCAGUUAUUGGACAUCAACAAGCCUGGUUGGAAAAUGGAGAAAAAAAUUUAUUGAAUGCUGGUCAACAAUAUAAACUGAAGUAUUAUGGAGAUAGUGAUGUGAUAUUGCAUCACAAAUGCGGAAUAUAUUCAAUUGUGGACAAGCAGGAAAGGAACUUACACUACACAACCGACGAAGGGUGCACAGGCCAAUAA